UGUAAAUAGCAAUGAAACGAGUGGGGAAAAGGAUAAUUUUUCACAAAUUUGAACAUAAUAUGCCUAUAUAUGGCGUUUACGUAAAAAGGUUAUGGCAGAGGCGGUGAUGAAGUCCCCGAGCUCUCGGACAGUGAUGAUGAUGAUCAGUGGCAAUGCAUGGAGGAGGAGAACUCCGAGGAUGGACAAGUGACCUGUCCGUUUUGUGACAGGUUGCUGAGCUCUGUGUCUAAUACACUACAACACUGUUCAGCUGAACAUACAGUCAGUCUAGUGGAUGUGAUCAGAAAACACAAUUUGGAUGACUAUGGGUACAUAAAAAUGAUCAACUUCAUACGGGCCACAAAAUGUAGUGCAGUGAGCCUAGCAGGGCUGUCGGAAGGUGCUGUGCCAUGGGAGAGCGAAGACUUUCUCAGGCCGGUUCUACAGGACGACCCCCUAUUGCAGACAGACCUUGAGGAGCUGUGUGGCAGUGAGGGAACAGGCCCAUUUCCCGUUCCUUCAUCUGGUGCUCCGUCCUAUGGUGUGCUGCUGCAGAGGGACCAGACUGCUGAGGAGAGGGUCCAACGUGCGGAGGACGCCCUGGCCAGAGCCAUGGAUGACCUACACAAGCUCAAGCUGCUGGCCCAGGGUUUGGUCCUGAGCGCUGAGACUGGGAGGGGUCCAGAAAACAUGGGUGCUGUGGCUGAGCUUCGGGAAGACGAGGACGAGGCCUACUUCAGUUCAUACGGACAUUAUAGUAUCCACGAGGAGAUGCUCAAGGAUAAGGUCCGCACAGAGAGUUACCGCGACUUCAUGGACUUCAACCCGGAAGUAUUCAAAGACAAGGUGGUGCUGGAUGUGGGCUGCGGGACUGGUAUACUCUCCAUGUUUGCAGCCAGAUCUGGUGCCAAGAGCGUAUUUGGAGUCGACCAAUCAGAUAUCAUCUAUCAGGCCAUGGAUAUAGUCAGGUCUAACCAGCUGGAGGACAGGGUCACACUGAUCAAAGGACGCAUAGAAGACAUCAAACUGCCUGUAGAGAAGGUGGACAUCAUCAUCUCAGAAUGGAUGGGUUACUUCCUGCUGUUUGAGUCCAUGUUGGACUCCGUCCUCUAUGCCCGAGACCUCUACCUGGCCGAUGAUGGUUCAGUCUAUCCAGACCUAUGUAACAUCAGCCUGGUGGCAGCGGGAGACGCAGAGAAGCACAGGGACCGCCUUGCAUUCUGGGAUAAUGUGUAUGGCUUCAACAUGGCGUGCAUGAAGAAGGCAGUGUUGCCAGAGGCUGUGGUGGAGGUUGUCAAAGCAGAAACGCUAAUUUCUGAACCUACAGUGAUACAGACAAUCGAUUGUAACAAAGUAAGCAUUUCUGAACUGGAGUUUGCAUCAGACUUUUGCAUAAAGAUAACAGAUACCACAGACUGCACGGCAAUUGUCGGCUACUUUGACAUUUUCUUCGACAAAGGCUGCAGCGACAAGGUGACCUUCUCCACGGGUCCUCAAUUCAUGAAGACCCACUGGAAACAGACUGUCUUCCUUUUGGAGAACCCGCUACCUGUGCAGGCAGGGGAGGAGCUCAAGGGGAGGAUCACAGUGCGUAAAAACAGGAAGGACCCUCGCUCCCUACUGGUCACGUUUGACCUCCCAGACUGGAGGCAGACAUACAGCGUGCAGUGAUGUCAGCAGUCACAUGACUGCUGAUCAGGGCUCAGGCUUUACAGUGGUCACCCAGACUUGGAAAAUACUCUCCGUGUCUCUUGUUGGCAUAAACAUCCGCCUGGUAUUGUCCCAUAAGAGGACUUCUAAACCAUCAUUAUAACAUGUGACAAAGAUAUACCACUCAUAUCAAAAGUGUUUUUCAUAGUGACUAUGUGUAGGAGCAGUUCAAACUCAUACUUGAUGUUGACGACUCACACAACCUGUAGUUGUGUUAGUGGACAACGUUGUUUCAAACGUGAUGAUUUCGCUGCCUUGUAAUAAAGC